GCACUCCCAGCAAGCAUCAAGUACAGCUGCAAGAAAAGCAUCCACUGACACAAGGAGCUGUUUGCUCUUGUGUCUCUGUACUUUCACCAUUCAUUUCAACGGGAGCACCGAGAAGUUGGGAGGAGCAUAAAGAAAAAGAAAUAGUAUCAGCAGCGGGAGCGACACAGCUCUGCUCUCUUAAUAGGUACUUGCUGAGCAGGCUGGUGGUUUUACCUGAAAGAGCCCCGCCUAACGCCACGCCUGCGUGGUGCCUCCGCCUUUUUCUGCUGACCGCAGUGAGAACGAAGGGAGGAGGUAGAACAGAGAGACGGGAGGCGACGGCGCUGGUAUUCUGAGGAGUUGGGUAGCCAGCCAGCAAGAGUCCGGCGUCGCUGAAGGAGGCGAGGGGUGACCGAGUACCCCAUAGAGCGGGCAGGAAGGGACCCGGAGAGAUGACUGAUCUCCUGAAUUUGCCUCUCCAAUAGUAGAUUACAAUUCUGAUGUGGUUUGGUGUUCAUGCACAUCUAAGGAAGUCAGUCAGUCUCUCUCUCUAGAGAGGGGCUGAAUAUGCAUGUUAUGAAUUGUGUCUCCUUGGUCAAUGAUAAAGAAAAUGGAGCUAUUUCAGUUGAAGCUGGGUUAAUGAUUGGAGAUACAACAGAACCAGAAGAGCAGCCUCCGCCGCCUCCACCACCACCACCACCUCUACCAUGUCCAUCCACAGAAGCUGGAUUUUCCUCACCAGCGGUGGUGCCACCCCCUCCACCUCCUCCACCUCCAGUACUGAGCAGACCUCCACUGCCACAGUUGGUAAAUAGGCAUGGCCACCAGACCAAGAAGAAGAGAAUACGUAGCUUCUUCUGGAAAACUAUCCCUGAAGAACAAGUCCGUGGUAAAAACAAUAUCUGGACUAUUGGUGCUAAACAAAAUUAUCAGAUUGACACAAAGACAAUUGAGGAAUUAUUUGGCCAGCAAGAAGGAGCUCCACCUCAAGAUUCCAGAAGCAAAACUUUAAGGAGGUCAUUCAAAGACACCAAACAAGAGAUUAAUAUUUUGGAUGCCAAAAGAAGUAUGAAUAUUGGGAUAUUUCUCAAGCAGUUUAAAAAAUCUCUUGAAUCCAUAAUUGAAGAUCUUCACUCAGGAAGAAGUGAUCUUUAUACUUCUGAGAUUCUACAUGAACUUCUCAAGUUAUUGCCAGAAACAGAAGAGGUAAAGAAAUUAAAGGAUUUCAAUGGAGACAUAUCAAAACUGUGUCAAGCAGAUUCUUUUAUGUACUUGCUAAUCCAGGUGCCAAACUAUUCACUGCGAAUUGAAGCCAUGGUGUUAAAAAAAGAAUUCUCCCCAUCUUGUACUUCUCUUCAGAAAGACAUGACAAUUAUAAGAAUGGCUACAAAGGAGCUAAUAUGCUGUGAAGAGUUACAUUCCAUAUUGCACUUGGUCCUUCAGGCUGGAAAUAUUAUGAAUGCAGGAGGCUAUGCUGGCAAUGCAGUUGGCUUUAAGCUAUCCUCAUUACUCAAGUUGGCAGAUACAAAAGCAAACAAGCCUGGGAUGAAUCUGCUUCAUUUUGUUGCUUUGGAAGCCCAAAAGAAGGAUAAAGUUCUUCUAACCUUUUCAGAAAAACUGCAGCAUGUUCAUGAGGCAGCUAGAAUAUCUCUUGAAAGUCUAGAAGCAGAGCUGUAUUCACUGUCAGCCAAAACAAGGUCUCUUAAGGACAAUAUUCGACGGGACUCUGUACUCUUUCACCAAAUGGAAGGCUUCCUCCAGUUUGCUACAAAAGAGUUAAAAGAACUGGAACAUUGGAAACGAGACCUGCUGAAGGAAGCACAUGCCCUUAUAGAAUUCUUGUGUGAAGAUAAAGAAACCAUGAAACUGGAAGAGUGUUUUCAGAUAUUUAGGGAUUUUUGUCUAAGGUUCAACAAAGCUGUUAAGGACAACAAGGAAAGGGAGACCCAAGAACUUCAACAACUACAGCGACUGAAGGAGCUAGAGGAAAAACGCCGAUCAUGGGUUGGUGGAGACCUUGGAGGUUUUGGCAGGAGCAGCAGUGAAAAUGAUGUUGGGACAUUGACAAAAAGAGGACUGGAAGAAUUUCUACCGUUUUUGCAGCAGAGACCCCAAAGUCCUUCUUACAGAAAUGUUAGCACCAGGCGUUCCCGGCAUUCCUUGGUAGUCACUACAGACAGAGAGCUCUUGACUUUCCUGGAGACCUCAAAGGGUGAAGAUCCAAACAAGUUCAACAGUCUUCCUCGGGCCCAUGCAUGUCAAGCAAGACCCAGCCUGGCCUGGACUCAAUCUAAAGAGCCUGAGGAACUUGGUUUAACUACCUUGCACUUACAUCAGGCACCUGAAGAAGGCAUGGAUUGCAACUACUUCCAAUUGCCUCCAUCUCACUCCGAUCACAUAGAAGACCUUGAGGAGCUAGAGACUGCCCAUACUAAUCUCUACAAUAACCAAGAGUGUGCUGGCAAUGACAAGUAUAGAUUCAACAUGGCUUGUAUGGAAACCACAGAUGCAGCCCCCUGGGACUUGUCUCUUGAAGAAGGUGAACUUGUUCCAGGGCUGCUUAAGUUUGAUCCCCAUGAACACAAUGAUGCAGAGGACCUGUCCACAGUUCAUUUUGAGGCUGAUGUGAAAGGUUUGGAGACUCUGGGUGGCUCAAGCUUAUACUCUCUUGGGCUAGCAGCUGCUCCGGUACCAUCCAUCAGAAAAUCUAAAGAAACUGCUUAUAAAGCUGAACAUGCUGCCAGAGUGGCAAGCCAUGUUAAAGAAACUCCAGAACCAGAGAGUGAUAGUCCCAUAUCCUCAGAUGGUAGUAUUUCAGGAAUUAAGGCACACAGUCCAAUGUUCUGUAUAUCAGAUACUUCUGACUGUUCUUUGACACUUGAUCUGUCAGAAGGAAACAAUCCAAAGCUAGGUAGCAACAACAAAGUGAACAUGAAAGAUGGUGCUAUUGCUCCUUUUAAGAAUGAUCUUCAGACUGAUGGUGAUGCUGUCUUGGAUCUAAACUCACUUUCUGCUGAUAAAGAUAACUCUAGUAGCAAGCCUGGUCUUCCAAAGGAAAAACCUGCAAGAAGCAAAGAUGCAUUGGGGCCAAAGAGAAACUCUCUGAAAGAUAAAUCUUCAAGUGCUACAAAAUCCAGCAGUGGUCCUCCCAACCAUCCCAGACCAGUUAGAACUCUGAAUUCAUCAGAGAAUGCGAGCAUGAGAAAAGUAGUACCCAUUUCCAGGUCAACUAAAGCAGCAUCCCCUAGCUGUACCAAAAAGCCAGAGGCUAAGCCAGCACCUCGAGACACCAGCGUGGUGGAAACACGACUCGCCCGUCGCAACUCCAUCCGGGGCAACUCCACAGAUGCAGUGCCAAAACCUCAGUACAGGCAAAGCAUAUCUGUGGAAGAGCCAAAAUUCCAGCGGGGGACCACAACUUCAAGCAGUGGCCAUUUUGAGAAGGAGCAACUCCAGCACAAAGGCUCCUUCAAAAAACCAAGCUGUAAACCAGUCAGGUAUGUUCCCAAGUCAAAAAACGAUGAAACAAAGAUGUGCCGCUCUUUGACCAAAUCCCAAUCCCCUACAGAUACUAGCAAAAGCACAACAGUCACUGUUCCCAAGACACCAGCUCCUGUCCCAAGCUUUGCAAGGAAUACAGUGGCUUCUUCCUCAAAAUGUGCAAAGGUGGAUCUUCCAGCCACUUCCAAAGCUCCAACCCUCACAAGGUCUCUGUCUCAGAGGCUGCCUAGGAUGAGAAUAACAACAGCCUCUGAUGAUUCUAAUCCAAAGGAAAAUAGUGGAAGAACCCUGAAACGAUCAAAUAGUGCUCGGAUUAUCAAAAGGAACACUGACAACAGUGACCUUCUAAGUGUCAAAACAGAGCCCGUGCUAAAGGAACAAAUACUAAUGGAAAAAUCAACAUCCCUUAAAUGUAAAGAUGGAAAUCAGACUUCUAUAGGGAACCUACUGAAUCACUUUUGAAAAUAAAGGGGUUUGUAGUAUUUGGCAAUACAGAAUGUGAAAACCAGCUGUUUUCAACACUGAAUUUUCCUGUUGGGUGAAAUAUCCCAAAUGGUAAUGUUGUGCAUUAAUAAUAUCAAAUGCAAAUUGAGGUACGUUGUGUGGAUCCUGAUGUAUGUCUGAACUGAACGUUUUCAAAAUUACUGUGAUGGAAUAGCUGUAACAAAUUUCCCUUGCUUCUGGGAGAUAGUGCCUCUGCGUGAAUUUUACAUGCUAAAGGAAUGCAUUUGUUUAAUGAAAGGAAAGGACAACAGAACUAGGGAUUGUGGCCAGUUGUAUAAACACUGCUUUUCUGAAAAUGCAGUCCUGAAUUUUUUUGGAAGAGUAAGAAAAGCAGAUGCGGAUCACUUUAAAUUCCUUGGGUCCAAUAACAAAAUGUGUCUAUUGCAGAGUCCAUUGCUGGCGAUUGGACACACAGAACCGCUGGCCUACCAUAUGGUAAAAUAGGAUACUGCUGUAUGGGAGGGGGCAGAGGGGCGUUAGUUGUAAUCUCAUCUGAAGAACUUGCAGCAUGUCUUAAGUUGUAUGUGUGCCUGUAGGAAGGAGGGGAAACUCUGCUGGGCAGAAAGUUUAUUCUCCACGAGUGUGACAGAACUGCCUUGCAUGUACAAGUAGAAUAGCAGAUGGAAUGACUGGUGCUGGAAUUAGUAGAAUUAGCUGAAGGUUGUAACUUUCAGAAACCACAAGUAGUAACAGGAGAAAAUGACUACAGGUGACUUGGCUUGUGUCAGUUACAAGCAAACUUGCCAGCUUUUAGUAUACAGAAGUGCUAUAUUUAUAUUACAUAUCACAGAUGCUAUGAGGGCUGCAACCUCUUGGAGAGCACUUUUCCUGCCAAUUUUCAUUUCCACUGGUUUUUAACUACUGUCAAGUGACUUAAAAAUGCUGCUAUGGCUCUUGUUAGGGAGAGCCUUGAUUUCCCUGCUGCCUUCGUUCUUUUAUCAAAGUGAGCAGUUGGCAUAAAACACGCAAGUUCCUUUAAUGCAUGACAAAAAGCGUUGGUUUCUGUUUGUUUCUUUUUUGGGGGGUAAAUUAAGCUUAAUUUGCUUCUGAUAAAGAUUUUAACACUACUUUUUAAACUUCACUUUUUUGAUAAGCUUUGUUUUAUAUAUAUAAAAAAUAUAGUUCACUGCAAAAAAAAUGACAUCAGGUCAGACUAAGAUGCAGAGAAUGAGGAAAAACAUGUUGCUACGUGUUCUGCCUGCCCCUUGGUCCCUUUCCAAGUAAAUAUGUGUAGGUGGGGAAACUUGCUGUUGCUGUUCAGGCUCUUUAUUUAAAUAGUUGCAAUCUUAAGCAUUUAUGAGAACCUUAGAAAAAACCCAGAAAUCAUGUGGUAGAAAUAGUUGAACAAAUGAUGUUGAGUUGGUAAUGCCUUGCCUUUAGCACUCUCCACCCUUUCCUUCACCUAAUAUAAGUGUAUCAGUCACAACAAGCUACUUGCACAGAUGUGACAAGUGACACCCAGGGUUGUAUCCAAUUGUGUCCCUCCUUUGACUUCUGGAGCAAUGUGCAGGAGCAAGGAGGAAUUUUUGCUAAAAUCAACUCCCUCCCUUUCGGUUCAUGGAAGCCUCCAUUGCCCAAGGGGCCUUCCAUCAGCCAAGAGAGACAGUUGGAUAUAACCCUCCUUGACUCAUUCAACUGAGUAAGUCAAGCAUUUCGGCUCAUGGAGAUAUGCAUUUUAGAAAUGGUUUUCAGCAACUCCUCCCCAGAAGGUAUGCCAAAAUACCAUCGUGUGCUAUUAAGCCCUCCAAAUAAGUCACCCACCUCAGUGUGAUAGCUGGCGUAACCCCUUCUCCACCGUAAAAUGUUCUUGGAAGGAAUAACUGUUUUUGGUUUAUAAGCUUCUUGUGUUCUCCUUCUUCAACGGUUUAAAUGCAGUAAUCUGCCCAUUUAGCGCUACCUGUGUCUUUUUGUGUGCUCAUCUGCAAAAGCAGGUGUUGGAUUUUUAUUACCUUUUGAUGGUAGUAAGCUUGAAAAGAGAAAAUAAUUUAAAUGUUACAUGUUUGGAAACUAAGUAAAUUUCUAUAUAAGAAGAAUGUGUAAAAAUGAACUGAAUGUAUUUAAUGGACCAUUUAUACAUUUCUGAGUUUAUCUUGCUAGUUUAAUAAAGUUCCCAUUUAUGGGAUUUGUGCUAUGUUUCCAUUCUUCCAAUGUAAUGUUGCUUAAUCUCAUUCUGAGUGUUCUGAAGCUCACACUGGAGCAAAUCGCACUUAAUUUGAAGUCACUGAAAGGGAAUAAAUACAUUUUGAAUAA